AUGUCGGACCAAGAGCGCCUCAUGGACUCGCUGAGGAAAGAGGUGAGGUCACUGCUGAUGGCUGUCAAAGAGGGCCUGACCCCAAUGCAGCUGGAGGUGGAGUACCGGACUAUGAUCGGCAAACCUCUCCCGUUGCACGCCCUGGGCUACCGAUCCACCCUGGAGCUGGUGAAGGACAUGCCCGAUGUCGUCAGCAUCUCCUGUAGAGAUGGCUAUGUUGUACUGAAAGUCAUUGCAGAUGAGACCACCAGGGGAAUGGCAAGUUUGGUUGCCAAACAGAGGACCAGUUCUAAGGUGCGAAAUGUCAUGCGAAGAACAAAUGCCUUCUCUCGCCCCAGCCUGCCCCGGCGGGGCCGGACCCCUCCUAUCCUGCCAGCUAUGGUGAAGAGUGAGCUGAAGGACCUGCUGAGUCUGUCCCCAGUCUUGCUCUCAGAUUUUGAUAAGGCCUUUGCCAGGCGUUUUGGACGGACAUUCCAGUAUAUGCGCUAUGGAUUCUUCUCCAUGAUUGAAGUGCUGAACGCAGCCUCUGAUAUCAUUGCCAUUGAGCAGACCAGGGCGGGCUCUCUGCUGACCCUGAAGGAAAGCCCCUCAGUUAAGCAACAGCAGGAAAAGCUGUCACAGGGUGAGAUGGUGAUUCAGCCAAAGAAAGCAGAGCAGGCCAAGUCUGAUUCUCUGCCACCACCUGCAGUUAGGACACCCCCUCCAGGAUCUGUCUUCUGUACAGAGAGCCUCGAAACACCAAAACGGGGAUCAGAGCCAGUAGAAGCAGAAGUAGGGAACUGUGGUGAGAGACUGAAACAAUUGGAGAAGGAUAUUAAGAUGAUGCUUGCACAGAAGGGAGCCGGAGGGACCGUCAGCUCAGAACUCAAAGAAAAGAUCCGAGUUGUUGCAGCCCAGUAUCCUGAGGGUUUGCUUGCUUCUAAGCUACCUGGUGAGUUUGAGGCACAUUUUAAAGAGAAGCUAUGCGUGAAGGAGCUGGGGUUCUUAAAUGUGAUGGAGUUUGUUGGGGCCCUUAAUGAUAUUCUCCAUGUUGAGCGCAAGGAAGGCGAACAAGACUGGCUGGUCUUUGAUCUUGAAUCCAAGUGCUUAGCAGAUGGUGCUGCUGAGCUCAAGGUCUCCAGCUGGGAUUUCCAUUCUGAGAGCUCGGAGGCUCUGGACCGGAAAAAAGGCCGAGUAUUCAAUGUGGUAAAAAAGAUGGUGAAACCAUAUCUGGAUGUGGAGGAGCUACAGCUAGCCUGGGAGAUAGCAGAACCAGAGAUCCCCCCUGAUGCUGUUCAGGACAGAAGCCUUUAUUGUCUCCCUGCACUGGACAGUAGCACCCUAGUGGGUGUCUUUGUGGAGUACGUCAUCUCGCCUAACCAGUUCUACAUCCGGAUAUGUAGCAGGGAAACAUCUGAGAUGCUGGAGGACAUGAUGAUUGAGAUGAGACGAUGCUAUUCAAAUAAAAACGUUUCUGACCGUUAUGUCAUGCCGGAGGCCUUGGUCCAGCCUGGCCAUCUUUGCUGUGUUAGGAUUUCGGAGGACAAAUGGUGGUACCGAGUCAUCAUCCACCAGGUGCUCAGCGAACAGGAGGUGGAGGUGUUCUUCCCAGACUUUGGAAAUCUGAGGACUGUCCAGAAGUCUUGCCUGAGAUUCCUCAAGUGCUGCUAUUCGAAACUUCCUGCCCAAGCUAUCCCUUGCUCCUUGGCAUGGGUGAAACCCAUAGAGGGGCAUUGGACCACCAAUGCCAUUCUCCAGUUCUGGAAGCUGUGUAACCUGAAGCCAUUGGUGGGAGUGGUGGAUGAAUAUGUGAACGGUAUUCUUCACCUCUUCCUGUGUGACACUACGUCUGAUGAAGAUAUCUACAUCCAUCAGGUCUUGAGAGCAGAGGGCCAUGCUGUCAUUUGCAGAGAAAAUAUUCCCUCCAAGGAACAGGAAUCGUUCUGUGAAGUCAGCAGGGCAGCGAAUCCAGAGCUGAAUGAGAGUGAACCACAUGCCCAGAGAUCUCAGGUUGACCAGAAGGAUGCAGUGUGCUUAGAACCUGAAGGGAGGGUACAAGAAUAUGCCUGCUCUGUGAAUUCUUCUCUCACUUCUUGGGACUCACAAGGCAAAAACUACAAAAAUUCCCAGGAAAGUCCAAAUGGAGAGCCCAGAAAUCCAAAACUGGAAAUGCAGGAAAGUCCUCAUCUGGAGAUGCCAUACCUAGAGCCGGUGUCUGUGAUCUCAGACAUCUGGGAUGAAAAUUGGUUGCCUCUGCAAACCUUACAGAAGCAGACUGGUAUUGCCCAUGAUACCUUGCAAUUGGAUACUGUGAUAUCUUCCAGCCAGACCUCCAGCCAUGAAGGAAGGAAUCAGAGCCUGCAAAGCAAAGAGCAGCUGCAACAGGUAGGCCAUUUUGCUGCUGCUGAAGAGACUUGGGAUGAUGUGUGGCCACUUUUGGAUCAUGUGAACGUGACAAGGACAGCAGUUGAAAAGUCAAAAUACCCAAUCCAGAAGACACUGGAUCUGGGAGAAGUCCUGGAGCCCACUGGGGGGCUGAAGACACCAGCCUCUCUUGGAGAUUUAUCAGAUCCUGCUAUUUUGUCCAAGUCACUGGAAGAAUUUUAUAUCUCCCUAAGCUGUUCCCAGCCCUCAGCAGAGCCUAGCCAACUGGAGACUGAUCAGAACAAAAUAUCUCCUAACAAGGUCCAGCUUCUUACAGCACCAGCUGCUUCUGCCUCACUUACAACAGCACCUGUAUCUUUGGAGAAGCAGAAUGGGGAAGUCAUUCCAGAGAAGGUAAAGAAUGAGGACCUCUUGAGGACCCAAGUUAUCCCGCUGAGUAGCAGUAACAGCUGCACUACCCGAGGGGCUGAGGAUCAGAAUUCCCUGAUCCUAGCUGCUGAGCUCCAGGUGUCCCAGAAGCUCUACGUCCCUCGCAGCUCGCCUACCGCAGCAUUGGGAGCUGCUGCACGCUUGGCCACCUCCAGUGGCCUUUUUCACUGGUUUGCUGUCCUGAGAAAGUUGGAGACAUGA